AUGCCCUUACGAGUAUUUCAUCUCAAGAUUACUGAGAUUACUGUUGCCAGCGAGCAAUUGCACGCGGACCAACCUAAAGAUGUAGAAAAGCUUACUCGUCUGUUGAUGGGAGAGCCCCAGUUCACGGUUAUGCUAGGACCCCCCAAUUCGGGAAAGACGGCACUUGCUAGACAUGGCAGCUUUCUGGAAGCUUUCAGGGACGAAGGAAGUCUUGCGAGGGCGCAGAAUGUCUUUUAUGAGCGUCUAUUCGUCAAGUCCAAAACAACCUCCGGUGAAACCUCCAGACAAGCUAGCCGAAAUCAAACCUUCCGCACUAAACGGGCGAAAACAUUCAAAGAAUUGGGAAGCCACCUCAAGCCGUGGCCACUUUCCCACGGGGGAAGACCCCCCGUGCUGAUAAUCGACGAAGAAAAUGUCUUCAAACGGAUGAACGACGAUAUGACAGGAGGUAAAAUGUUCCUGAUCAAGAGCUACAUCCCGCAAGUAUAUGAGUAUGGUCAUUUCCAAGACCUUCAACUUCCACACUUUGCCCGGGAUCUGGACCCUUGCCAUUCCUUACCGACUCUAACGGCUCUAAGCGAACCAGCCCUACGUGCCAUGGAGAGGCUUAUUGAGGACUUGAAACAAGAAGUUAUUAAGUAAGAGGUCAAGAUCGGGCACACAAGUCACGCGAACGGAUUGUCUAGCCAACUGGACCGGAUCGAUCGACCAAGUCACAAGUACAGCAGAAAGGGAAGCCAUGGAAUUGGUUACAUGAUGUGAUGAUCGA